UAUCUGUCAGUGUGUGACAACAGGACAAUGGCCGAGGCCAGUAUUUCAGUAGCUCAGGACCAGUUCAUCUGUUCAGUUUGUCUGGAUCUACUGAAGGAUCCAGUGACUAUCCACUGUGGUCACAGUUUCUGUAAGGUGUGUAUUAAUGACUGCUGGGAUCAGGAGGAUCAGAAGGGCGUCUACAGCUGUCCUCAGUGCAGAGACACUUUCACUCCAAGGCCUGUUCUACGCAGAAAUAAUAUGCUGGCUGAAGUGGUGGAGAAACUGAAGAAGACAACUGAAGUUCAAGCUGCUUCUCCUGCUCACAGUUACGCUGGACCUGGAUAUGUGGAGUGUGAUUUCUGCACCGGGAGAAAACGCAAAGCUGUCAAGUCCUGUCUGAUGUGUCUGGCCUCCUCUUGUGAAACUCAUCUGAAACCUCACUAUGAAGUUCCUGCUUUAAAAAGGCACAAAUUAGUCGAAGCCUCUGGAAAUCUAAAAGAGAAGAUCUGCUCUCAGCACGAUAAAGUGGUGGAGAUCUAUUGUUGUACUGACCAAAGCUUCAUCUGUUAUUUGUGUAUGAUGGAUAAUCAUAAAGACCACCACACUGUCUCAGUUAUAUUAAAAAGAACCGAAAAACAGAGUGAGUUAAAGGAGUUGCAGAUGAAAUCCCAACAGAGAAUCCAGGAGAAGCAGAAGAAGGUGCAGGAGCUGAAACAGGCUGUGAACACUAUAAAGCUCAGUGCACAGACAGCAGUGGAGGACAGUGAGAGGAUCUUUACUGAGCUGAUCAGCUCCAUGGAGAAAAAGCACUCAGCAGUGAUGGAGCUGAUUAGAGAUCAAGAGAAGGCUGAACUGAGUCAAGUUGAACCACUUGUGGAACAACUGGAGCAGGAGAUUGCUGAUCUUCAGAGGAGAGUCACUGAGCUGGAGCAGCUUUCACACACACAUGAUCACAUCCAUUUCCUCCAGAGUUUCCAGUCUCUCUGUGUCUCUUCUGAAUGGGAGUGUUCACCCAACAUCGCUGUCAAUCAACAUCUCUCAUUUGAUGGAGUGAGGAAAUCUCUGUCUGAUCUGAAAAAGAGACUUGAGGAAUUCUGUGAGGAAGAAAUCAUCAAAGUCCCUAAACAUGUUGAGGAUGUUCAGAUUUUACUCUCAGAGCCAAAGAGCAGAGAUGAGUUUCUGAAAUAUUCCUGUGAUCUGACUCUGGAUCCCAACACAGUAAAUUACAACCUCAUUCUGUCUGAGAAGAACAGAGUGGUGACAUACAGUGAGAGAGAGCAGCCAUACUCUGAUCAUCCAGAGAGAUUUGACUCCUACAGUCAGGUGUUGUGUAAGGAGAGUGUGUGUGGACGCUGUUACUGGGAGGUGGAGUGGAGCAGUGAGAGAUGGGUAGAAAUAUCAGUCUCAUAUAAAGACAUCAGAAGGAAAGGAUGGGGUAAGGAGUGUUGGUUUGGAUACAACAACCAGUCCUGGAGUCUGCAAUGUUCAUCUUCUUCUCCUCUCUUCUUCUGUCACAACAACCUUAAGACUAACCUCAGAGUUCCAUCAGCCUCCAGAAUAGGAGUGUAUGUGGAUCACAGGGCAGGAACUCUGUCCUUCUACAGUGUUUCUGACACAAUGAAACUCCUCCACAGAUUCCACACCACAUUCACUCAGCCUCUAUAUGCUGGAUUCUGGCUCUACUGGGAUGUUUUUUGUGAAUCAGGAUCAACUGUGAAAUUGUGUGAUCCAAAAUAAUGAGUGUAUAGUAUGUUAUGGUCUGAUAAAAACAUGACAGACAGAAUAGUUAUUUACUGUUCAUCAGUGAUCCUCAACUCACUCAACAAAAUCCUCAAAAACAAACAAACAAACAAACAAACCAUUAAAUCAUUAUAACAUAAAACAUUAAAAUACUGCAUUUAGACUCGGUCCAGGAUUAUCAGCCACACAUAUAAAGGAAAUCAUACUGUAAGAUCUAUAUGAUUGCCAGUGAUAUAUAAAAGUUCUACAAGUUCUUCAGCAUGAUUACUCUUGAAUAAAACAGCUGUUUUUACUACUACUCAUUUCUUAAAUUAGUGCCUACCAGGGGCAUCACGAGACAUUUAUGAUUGUGGGAAUGAGCUGGUGUAUUAAGGGGUGUUAAUUAAGGUGGCAUUGAUCACUGGGGCAUUAAGGAGGUAUUAUCAGGAGGGUAUUAAGGGCAUUCUAAAAUUAUCCUCAGAAUGUCUCUUUGUGAUUACUUUAAGAAUAAAGAGCAUAAGGCCCUACAGGAGACCUCCUGUAGCUGAUUCCCCCCCUGCUGGGAUAGGUAGUCCGCCAUCACCAUCUGUGUCCCUGGCCUGUGGACCACCUCGAAUUUAAAAGGCUGCAGAACCAGACACCAACAGGUGAUCUGGGCGUUGGCAUCCUUCUUGCAGUGGAGCCACUAGAGCGGCGUGUGAUCUGAGCAGAGGGUGAAAGGGCAUCCCAGCAGGUAAUAAGGGAGGGUGAGGACCACCCAUUUGAUGGGCAGGCACUCCUUCUCUAUGGUGCUGUACUUCAUCUCCCACAUGGAGAGCUUGGGGCUGAUGUACAGUACAGCAUGGGGUAGGGGUGGAGGUAGAGGUAACCCAGCGCAAGCAAGCAGCCGUCCGUUCCUGCAGCCAUGAUGGGGUCUGUCGCAGUGGGGGUAAAUACAUCUAGCAGGGUAUUUUUUUAGCAGUAGGCUAAUCAACUACCAAAGAUGAGUGUUGAUAAAGUAGCAUCACUACUUUAUAGAGGGCAUGGCAUAAAAUUAAAAAGGUAGCCUUCCAAUUCACUCAGAUCUCAGAUCUCCAGAUAGAAUAAGAGAACCCGAGAUACUUAAUUAAAAUAAAUUCUCUUAACUUCCAUGUGGAGAUCCCAGACAACCCCCCAAAAAAUAUUAGGUUUUGAUGUGUCUGUACUGAAGGAGGUUGAACUGACAAAGUAUGAUCUAGGAAUGUAGACCUCUGCCACCUAGGAGAUUCUACCACAUGGAUCGAUCUGGUAGCAACAGACACUGACACAGACACAGCUGUUCAGAGAUGUUCUCAGUUUAUUGCAGGACAAACAUGAAUAUAUAUUCACAUUCAAGAGUGUGUUGUAGCUAUAUGACUGCAAGAUGUAAUUGACAAAGCAGUGGCAAUAAAAUAUAAAAUCUCUACUGAAUUCUGAAAUUAGUGCAGCAAAAUGCUUGAACUUUAUAAAAAGUUU